GCCAAAGUCCUCGCACUCUUCACACCAGCGGCUCACCCACUGACCGACUGACGAUCUUAAAGAGGCUCUACAUGUUUUUGUGAAGAUCCAUCGCGGCUAUAAAGGCUGAGACGUGUGGACUUCUGUUCGUGAUCAGCUGGAACGUUUGGACGAGUUUCGAGUCCGGAUCUGGAGCCAAAGGAAGCUGAAAAUCAAACGGAAGCAAAUUCUGUUCGCUUCAACUAUUCUUUAUUAGCUCAUCUUGAAAUGUCCGAGAACACAAUUUGAACCUUUUUCCGGUUGAUUCAAAGUGUUUGAAGACUUUGAUAACAAUCAGAGCUUUUUACAUUGACCUCUUGGACCUGGCUAACUCCAGGACGAUUGACAACUUACUCUUUUUAGAAUUUGUUUCCAAAGUCCUGGAAAAAACCUAAGAAAAGUAAAACACCGAUUUCUGGAAAAGCUCUCAUCUGGAAUCCUGUCACGAUGAGUAGCGGAGGCACCACCACAGCUUCACCACAGGAGCCUCAGGCUUUCAAACGAGCUGUGCGGAAGAUAAAAUGCGCAGCUAUGGUGGCCAACUUGGCGAAGAGCUGGCAGGGAUGGGCCAACGAACACACAGACAAGCAGGAUGCUAUCCCGAGCGGCUGGAUGCCUUCAUCUGUCGAGGACGAAGACGAGAAAGAACGCAAGCAUCUGGUCAAACUUACCGUCACCCCACGUGUUAUCGCAGUUGACGCUUCCGACAGUAGCGGGAAAAUUAGGACCUGUUCUGUCACCAAGACCGUCCAGCCAAAGCGCAGCGAGUGCAGCAGCACUGAUGUGUUAAAUGCCAUCCGCGGCAAGAUGGAGUCAGGUCCCGAGGAGAGCAAGCCGUUCUUGGGUAACGAGUCACCGACACGGCGGCGCCAAAUGAGGUUACUACAGAGCGCAGGAAGAGGGGUCAUCCAAGACAGGAAGCUGAUGCUCCAGGAGACGAAGCUGGGGUCCAGGAGCAGCAGUGUGGACACAGAGGACAGUGGACUGGGAGAGGAGGCCGGGCUCAGCGACAACAGUGAAUUCAAAACCGACCCGGGUGACACUCAGUCCAAGAAACAGACCAACAAGCCCAAGAUCAAGAUCGCCACGAUGGGCGACAUCAAAAGCCGCUGGCAGCAGUGGUCCAAUCAGCACAUGGAGGGCCAGAAGCUCAACCCCUUCAGUGAGGAGUUCGACCACGACUACGCGAUGGCCCAGCGCCUCCGCAAGGGCGACUCCGGCUACGGUCGACCCAAAGAUGGUUCUAAGACGGCGGAGAGGGGCGACCGGGCCCAGAAACACAUCUACAGGGAGAUGGAGGAGAUGGUGUGGAUUAUCAGAGACAUGGGCUUCAAAGAUAAAGAGGGGAGGACCGUCAUUAGCUUCGGCCGGCUCUUCGACCGCUACGUGAAGAUCUCGGACAAGGUGGUGGGAAUCCUGCUGCGGUGCCGCAAACACAAGAUGCUGGACUUUGACGGGGAAAUGCUGUGGAAAGGACAGGACGACGGCGUUAUCAUCACACUGAGGGACUGAGGACGGAUGUGACAUCGUGCAAACGUCCGAAAACAACACACCGACAAAUGAACGCGGCCCGAGAAACAACAAAAUGAAAGGCGACAUGUGUUUAAGAAUAUUUGAGAGAGACAUAAAGAAUAUUGUUGUGAUUUUUAACCCUAAUCCACAAAAGACACGCAGCUUCUAGAACAAACUGGAAGGAGAUUUGGAAAAAGCAAAAAAAAAUCAAAACACACAAUCUAAAAACGUCAUACUUUAAACUGCUUAAAUGUGUAAUAUACAUAUAAGUACACAUAAAGUACUGUCAGGACAUAUGAGUGUGCAGAUGUAAUCUACACUCUUUCCAGACCCAUUAGUUCUUCUCAUAUACCUGACAGGUCAUCCGGUGAAGGGAAACUAUCCUUAGCAUGCUAACCAUGCUCACCUCGCUAACUAUGCUACACGCUACACGGCUUGAGAAUCCAUCACACGAGUCACGCUGGAGGCUCAGCUCUGAAACUCACGGUUCAUGUCAUCUCAUCGAUCACCCAAAGUUUUCUCUUUAAUUUAGCCUCGAUUUGAAUAUUGAGACGUUUAAAGUUUUUUUUUUGAUUGAGUUAAUGACAACGAGGUCAAGACAAGUUACGAUCAAAGUUUAUUUGUCUUCGCACCGACUUGAAUGUUUCUCACUAGCAGAGCUUAAGUCACAUGAUUGAGCAAAUAUCUACAUUUAAAAUAGGAAAAUUAAAGUGAAUAUAAUUUUAAAAAAACACUUUUGCCAUUGUAUGUAUAUUUAAUAUGUUAAGUUGAGAACAGUGAUCUGUGAAUUUACAUGUAUGUCAACUGAGUGAAUCCUUGAUGUGUGAUUGUUUACAAGAAAUAUAAUUGUGAAAUAUUAUUUACCUCAUUUUGAAUUUCGGACACACUUCAAAUCUGCAUUUUGCUGCCACAAGCUCACCAAUAAUAAUAUUAAUCAUUUAGAGGCGACAACAAUUAUUUUUCUGUGGAUUCUGUUUUCACAAAUUUUUAAGCAAAACAAAUUAAACAGUGUUUCUGACAGAUUUUAAAUUAGAGGAGCCUCACAUCAGAUUUACACUGAGCUGUGUGUGUGUGUGCUGCAGCAGUGAAACAAUGUUCUACCUCAAAGUUUGAAUGAAAUGAUUCAUGGGUUAUGACAUCAGACGUUACGUUGGAUGCAGUAAUGCUGUUUGAGGACGACCCUUCAUCCUGAAAUAAGAUCAGGAACAAUUAAAGAGGUUGUUAACAGCUGUAGCUUUAACUUUGUAUUCCAGUGAGUUAAUGCUUAUAGCUUCUUGGAUGCCUCCCCAGUGUCCUCAUUUUCUGAUGUCACUGCUGCAGUGAAUUAUGGCCCAUUCACUCUGAAAGCCUACAGGGUUGCACACUCGCUAAAAAAAUCCUUGGGGGAAGUCUCCAGAAGUUCAUGCCAGAGCCCUUAAGCGCCUGCUGAUGCUGCAGUGAGACAGUCUUAAGCUCUGGCAGACUUUGCGGCUGUCAGUCCAGACUCAGUUGGCAGAUCGCUGAGCUUUUUUCACUUUUCCUCCUCACUACUCCCACCUCUGCGACCGCCGUGUCUCCCAGAGGAGACGGGGGGGGGGGG